CGACUUCUGUGCUCAACGGAUCGUCUCAGCGUCUGCCCGUCUCUUGCAUACCAACGACCACUGCCAGUUGCCGGCACAACAUUACUUCAGUGUUGCUGCGAUACACCACUGGCCGAGACGCACGCCGACGUUGUUCCGUCCUCCGAGCACGUGCCGCGAACACUCUCGUAAACACUAUAAAAUUAAUUCAUUUACUAACAAACAAUUUUAUUAUUGUUAAGUGUGUGUGUGUGUGUGUUUAUUUAGCUGAUAGUUUAACCGUAGCCGUUUGAAUUUUAACGUCUAGUGUGCGUUUUACUCUUAAAUAUAUAAAUAAACAAUUUAUCCUAUUAUUUUGUAUAACAUAUUAUAUUUCUUCUUGCGGAAUAAACAUAUAUAUAUAUAUAUAUAUAUUAGAUCUCAAAGUGUUUUUGUAAUUAUAUUACGCGUUGAUUUUCACACCUUGUGGUCCACAAAACGGAUAUUGACGACAGUGUCAAGUUACUCGUUGGAUAUAUGGUCACACUCGACCGAAAUCGUUCGUAACCGAUUAAGCAAUUAUUAACUUUACUCUUUAACGUCCAGUCGACUUUGAAUUAACAUGGACCGGCGACAGUCGGUUCACACAAUGCAUGACAUGUGCAAGUCCAGCAGGUUAUUGUCUUCAGUUUUGGUGUGCACGAUUAUACUGUUAUUUGUCGAUUCAGGAUUGGCAUCGCCAAAACGUACUGUACUAGAUCCAGAACUUGAAAACUUGCCUACAUUUGGGACACAGGGCAAGAGAUUUCGAGUUGUCACUAAUGACACGGUAGUGUUACCUUGCGACGUUAUUAACCCAGGUUCUUUUAUUUUGGUAUGGAAAAAAGGAAUAGCUGUACUUACAGCCGGUAGUACUAAAGUUUCACCAGACGAAAGAAUUCGACUAGUGGAUGGUAGUAAUUUAGAAAUCCGAGAUAUUCAAACAAAUGACGCAGGAAAUUAUGUUUGCCAAAUUGCAACAUUAAAACCAAGAGAAAUAUCUCAUACGGUUGAAAUCUUAGUCCCAUCAAGAAUUAAGUCCGUAACUUCUGGAGGUAAUAUUGAUACAAAAAAAGAUUCUUUGAUCAAAUUAAAUUGCGAAGCAGAUGGAAAUCCUGUUCCAAACAUAACGUGGACAAGAAAAAAUAAUGUACUUCCAAAUGGCGAGAGAAACACAACUGGAGACACAUACAUUAUACAAUCAGCAACCAGACAUGAUGCAGGUAUUUAUAUAUGCACCGCUUACAACAACGUCGGUCAACCUGCAGAACAAACUAUUGCAGUUAACAUAUUAUAUCCUCCGGAAAUUGAAGUGGAACGUGGUUGGGUUCAUUCUGGAGAAGGAAACGAAGCUUUGCUUGUUUGCAUAGUUAACGCUGAACCGCACGCAGAGGUGUCAUGGUACAGAGAUACAUUAAAAUUAGAUACUAAUGAACGCCGUAUUACGGAAGUUAGAGGAAGUAGACAUACUUUGAUAGUGAGAAAAGUCCAAGCAAGUGACUUUGGUAAUUACAGUUGCGUUGCAGAUAACGUUGUAGGCAAAAGCAGGUCUUAUGUUGAACUAUCAGGAAAACCUAAUCCAGUGAAAAUCAAUAGUAAUAAGAUAGGUAGACAUCAAAAUAAUUUCAACCUUUCUUGGUCAGUUGAUAGCUACACUCCCAUAGAAGAGUUUAAGCUAUUUUACAGAAAAGUGCCUCUUCCUGAUGAAUCAUCGGUAGACACACGAACUCAGUAUCAAUGGCCUAAGAAACCUGUUAGACACGAGAACAAUGAUGGCCUAUUAGGGACUCCAAUUUAUGGAUAUAACAGCAUGAGAAACGAAUGGAACGAUGUAGUCCUUCCAGCAUUGCCCAGUGAACAGUUUACUCAUCGCAUGUCUUAUAACAUUCGUGGUUUGGAAACCGGAGCUGAAUAUGAAGCUAAAGUAAUGGCCAAGAACCGAUUUGGCUGGACCCCAAUGUCUGACGUGUUCAAAUUUAUCACUUCUACUACACCUGAAAUCGGUAAAAGUCAAUAUUCUCCACUUAUUAACUGGAACUCACUGUACACUACUCUACGCAACUUGGUAUCGCUAUGUUUCGAAUGCGAACAGACAGAGAUUGCAAAUAAUGACUCCAACCCAAAAUACCAAGCAUCUUAUGGUAGCUCAAUGACAUCAAACGCUGAAGCUCGAGACCUCGGAUCUACUUCUUCAUACAAUGGAUUCACCAAACGCAGCUGCAACGUCAUACUUACCGUCAUCUUUACUACCUUUUAUUUUGCCUUUACUGUCAUUGUUUAAAUAUCCUUCAGUAAAACCUAUAAAUACCAUUGAUCUCACAGUGGCGUGAAAGUUGUUAAAUAUUUAUAAGGAUGGAACGGAAAAAUCUUAGGGGUAGUUUUACAAGUUUUAACAAGAAUGUAAAAUAUUUUUUAUUCAUUUUUGAUGUUUAACAAUAUUUUUAGCUGUUACUAAGGUUAACAAAAACACGCCACUGUGUUGUUAUCCGUCUGGAAUGACUAAUACUAUUUGCAUAAUUCGUCAGCUAUUUCAUUAAAAAAAUAUAUAAUAGAAACUGAACAAAAUAUUACAAUUAAUAUUAAAUUAAUUAAUAUUUAAAAAUUUUAAAUUACUUUAAAUUUAACUUAAAACAAAGAAAUCACUUUCAUUAUUUAAAAAUAAGUAAUUGCAAUUAUUUAUGAAUAUUUCUCAGUUUUAUUUAAGAGAAUCUAAAUUUUCAUUGAUUGAUGAAGUAUAGUGUUUGGUAUUCCACGGAUCAACAACUCAAUCACAGUAUCUUUAAAGAACAUUAUUUGAACAUUUUGAUUGGAACUUAAUAAAAUUAAACUUAUAAAUUCUAGUCCAGCUUUACAAAUCUAACUUAUAGUUAGACGGAGAAGUAAGGGGAUAAUAUUCUACAGACAUUUGGGGCCCCAUCUCUAUAAACGUUUCGGUAAAACAGAAUUUGUACAUUUAAAUUAAAUAAGUUUGGAGAAUCAAUUGGCCGAUGGCAAUAUAAUGGCUUUAAGUGAAGUUAAUUUUGUUUCAUCAUGAAGAUCAUUGGCAAAUAAGAAGAUAAUCGCAAUCGCCAAUGUAUACUUUUACUUUUAAUCUAUACGCUUCACAAAGUUAUAUCACGUGCAAAUAAUCGUUAAUCCUGAAAUCGGUGAAUAUAAUCAUAAUAACCAUAUUACCGCAAAACCGCUUUCUAUAAAACUAUUCAAUAUUCAAAGGGAUUAUACAUAUUUCGGACAUCAUAGUAUUAUUUCCGUUAAAUUUCAUCGGUUAACUCACAUUGCACAUAACAUUCAAAAUUUAUAUCAUUCAUUAGCACAUGGUUUAAGUGCUAAUAGAAACAGGAUGCUUAAACUCUUGUAUCCCUUUUCGUCAUAUACUUUUGGCCUAAAAGUAAAUGACGUACUGACUACCAACGUAUCAUAUGAGACUUAUACGAUUUACUGAAGAAUAAAAUUAAUUUAUUAAAUAAUUUUAUAAAUUCUAUUUUAUUCGACUAUCUUGCAUAUUAUAAAUCUAUUCUGUUAUACAUUUAUGUUAAAACCUAUAACUACCAUAAGAGUUAAUCAGCACAAAAACCGUUUUAAGCACAAUGAGUUGUAAAUAUAUAACUAUUUUUAUGUUGAAAUUAUGAGAGUAAGUUUUAAUCCAAAAUUAUGGACUUAAAAACGUAUUAAAAUACUUCGAAUUUCAUUGAAAUAAUGAAACUACAACAGCAACUUUUCAUUCGACUCGAAAUUAAUCCCUGAAAUUUUCAAUUUACGUUAAAAUUGUUUUAUUUUAUGUUUGAUAAUAAGUUCUCAAAUAUUAUACAUAUAUAGGCCAGUAUUUGAACAUAUACCGUAAUUUAAGAACAUUCAAUUUAUAAUAAAAUAAAAGAUCAUCAUUAUCAUAAAAGUAUUACUUUUUUGUUUCAAUUAUAUCUAGUUAAGAGUUUAAAACUUUACAUUAGUUAUAGUUUAUUAAAAUAAAUCUUUUGUAAAUAAAUGCAUAAUUAAGAAAUAUUAUACUUAAAUAAUUGUUGCACUACAACGAGUUCUAUAUUAACGUGAUUGAGAAAGAAAUUUUGAGCCAUCCGGUUUUGAGACAAUAAUGUUUAACUAAAAUUCAUAACAUCAUGCAAUUCUUAUUUAGACAAAAUUGUAGAAAAAUCACUUAAAAGUCAAGUUAAAAUAAUUCAAUUCGUUUUAUCUUAUUGUAUAAGUGAGAGAAUAUUUGAAUUUAUAAAUUAUACAUUUUUAUCUAAAGAUAAGAUAUAAACCAUAAAAGUUGCUUGUCCAAAUUAUAUUUAAACUAUGUUAGUUAUUUGGUCAGUUUUCAUGUAGUGUUAAGACUCAAUUCUUUUAUAAAUGACCAAGCAUAAUAGAUUUUUAAGAAUGAUUUAUCAUAUUAAAAUAAAAAGGAUUUUAUUAUGUUAAUUAAUAUGUUAUGGAACUUUAUGUUUUAUCAUAUAGUUCUCAACAAUCUAUUUGUCACAUUUAUUUAUUCUGAUUAAUAUUGUUAGAAAAUAUAUAAUAUAUUAUAUAUAUAUAUAUAUAUAUCUUAAUACUAUCUAAAAAUUAAAAAAAAAAUAUAUUAUUAAAUUUAUGUUUCUCUAUAAACUGAUUGAAUUUUGUAAAAAUUAUAUUUAAAUGUUUUAAUAUUGAGAUUGUAAUGAAAUAUUAUAAUACUUUGUGCUGUCCUUUUGUCUUAUACUUACAUCAGAUAAAAAAAUUAUUUUAUAAAAUUUAUAAAUGUUUAAAAACAAAAAAAUCUGUUAUUUAUCUUAAUUUGGUCAUAUUAUAAGCAAGAUCGAUAUAAUAUGAAUUAUAAUGUAGCUAAAUAUUGAACAAUAUUAUUUAUAAGCGGGAAUUGUAAUAACAAAUUGACUGAAACAUUAACUUGACAAAUUUGUCAAUUGUAAGUAAAAUAUCAAAAUGUCUCUUUGUCAAAUGGAUAAUUGAAAUUUUGAGGUGCCUAAAUACAUUAUAUUAAUAGAUAUUGUAUGAUUUUUUGACUGAUUGUUUUAAAAUUGUUUUAUGAAUUAUAAACAUUCAGUAAUUACAACAUACAGUUAAUAAAACGUUAAACGUACACCUUUUUUUACUGUGUAUACUUGUAAUAUUGUUAUUAUUUUUAUAUCUUUAACUAAAAUAUCUUAUUUAUUUGACUAUCGUCAAUAAUCUUAUUACUCUGAUUGUUUUUAAUUUGUACAUUUGUACAUUUUAUUGUAUAAGUUAAGAAUAAAUUAGUUGUAUAGCUUGAACAUUAUGUUAAAGGUCAUAUAAUUUUAGUUAUUUUGUAUACAUGUAAAUUUUUUUGUUAUUUAUAAUUAAUGUAGUAAUUUCACAUUGACUAUCGAUAAACGAAAUAUGACAUUUUGCUUUUUAAAAAUUGUUGGUAACUGUUAAAAAUAGAUACCUAUUCAAUUCAGAUAGUAUUAAGAAUUAUUUUUUA